GACACAAAAGAAAAUGUUCUCGCAAUCCGUGUACGAAGGCAGAACAUUGAAAAUUGUUUUUCAGUGAAUUUUCAACCGCUGGGCAUUACGCAAACACAGAGGAGAUUACUUGGAGAUAUCUAAAAAAGAAGGAGAGUUCCCCAAACGAGAUGACUUCUGUGGCUUCGCUAACAUCCUGUGCCCUGUGCCAGGCCAAAGCCUCCCAGUUGUGUGCCGCCUGCCGGAAUGUGGUUUACUGCAGUCGGGAGCACCAGAAGGAGCACUGGAAGAAGGGCCACAAGGCGGAGUGCAAGUGCUACGAGGUGGCCACCAAUGAGACACUGGGCAGGCACUUACGCGCCACUAGGGACAUUAAAAUUGGAGAGCAAAUCCUCAAGGAGGCUCCUUUGAUCCUGGGACCAAAAGUGGCCUCUGCUCCGCUCUGCUUGGGCUGUCACCGGAAUCUCUUGGCUCCUGCUAAGCGUAAUGGUAACUACUACAAAUGCAGCUUGUGCAGUUGGCCACUUUGUGGCAAGGAGUGCGAGAAUUCUCCGCAUCACAAGGCCGAAUGCCAGCUCAUGUCCAGCAGUAACUUCCAAUCGAAAAUAAAUUAUGUUCCCGGAGAGGCGGAGCGAAAGGAGUCGGCGUAUUGUGUAAUAAUGCUGCUUCGUUGCAUGCAACUUAAAACCAAGGAUCCUGAAUCCUUUGUGAAGCUCUACACCCUGGAGGAUCAUCUAAAGGAGCGUCUGGAAACUCCUUUGUACCAAGUCCUUCGGGCCAACCUUAUUACGUUUAUAAAAACUGUUUUGGGCUUAAAAGACUGGUCCGAACUGGAUAUCCUUCGAAUAGCCGCCAUUUUGGACACAAACACCUUCGAAGUUAGACAGCCCAGGGAGAGGAGAAAAAUUCGAGCCCUAUUCCCCGGAGCAGCUAUGAUUUCCCAUGAUUGUGUUCCAAACAUGAGACAUCGCUUUGACGACGACAUGAACAUUAUAUUUUUGGCUAAAAGAAAGAUUUCCAAAGGCGAGAUCUUGAGUAUUUCCUAUACACAGCCCCUGAGGAGCACCAUUCAACGAAGGCUGCACCUGAGGCAAGCCAAGUGCUUUGACUGCUCCUGCGCCAGGUGUCAGGAUCCUGAGGAACUGGGGAGUUUUGCAGGAGCUCAAGAUUGCUUGAAAUGCAAGGCAGGAAAGAUCGUCUCCUUGAAUCCUUUGCAAAACUCUGCCAAUUGGAAGUGCCAGAUUUGUAAUUUGAAGAGAUCCGCCAAGGAUGUGUUAACUUCCGAUGCCCAAUUGCAGCAGGAAUUGGAAACCCUCGACAAAUCUACACCCGUGGCUCUGGAGGACUUCAUAUAUCGCCAUCGUGUGGAGCUCCAUGAGACCAACACCCACAUCCUGCAAGCCAAGUAUGCCUUGACCCAGCUAUAUGGAAAUGCACCAGGUUUUGAAAUGGAUGAACUCACUGAAGAAGCUCUGAACAGAAAAGUGGAACUUUGCGAGGAGCUCCUUAAGUUGGCAGAUAUUUUUGAUGGCGGUUGGAGUAUUUUUAGGGGAAACCUUCUCAUUGAUAUGGAAGAGGCCAUUGUGGCACAAGCCUUGAGGACGGAGGAUCCAAGCGAGUGCCAAGAAAAACUGCAGCAAGCUGCGGAUUUGCUCAAGGAAAUUCAAAACAUAAUGCAACAUGAACCUGAAAUGAAACAGUUGCUGUCUGAACGAAAAGCAAUACUUGAUUUUGCUCUUAAACGUUUUGAAGAAGUUAAAGAAUAAAGUUAAACUUAAUUUUUCAAU